UCUUGUGAGAAAGAGGUCUCCCCACAAUCUGUUUCUCACAUACAUAAUCUCAAGUUACUGUGACUUCGACUAUUUCAACCACUUUUCUACUAUUAGUUGGUUCUUGGUUAGUGACAUGUAGAUUAUUUCUCCUCGUCUCUGAAGACCACCACGAUCAGUUUUUGCAAAAAACCAAGCAUUUGGGAAACACCUGCGACAUUCUUGUUUCUAAGAAUAAUGUAGCAAGUUCAUAUACGUAAUCCGGAUACAAAAAGUGUGACAGUUGGACUACCGAGCUGGAUUCCUUCCUGUUUAAUUUUGUGGACAGCUCAAAUUUCGGGGAAAAGGGUCUUUAAGAAGCAAAAUGUGGGAUGGACGGAAAUAGGCUGUUUGUGAGACAAGUUAACAUGCGGUGUUUUGUGUGAACAUACGAAGUAUCUCAGAAAGUCUCGAUUUGUAGAUCUUUCUUUAAACUGGAACGACAAGUGAGUUAUGCAUGCAACCACUAAGUAAGUACGAGUGACUAAUUAGACGAGGGAAUCUUUACCAGGAAGUUGGAAGCGAUCGGCUUAAGCAGAUUUAAACACUAAUAAUAUGUUCUGUGAGAUUUGAGAAGUUUGAGACGGAAUUGAAAGUGACUUUUAUGUACCAUUUGGUGCCUUCCAUUCAUCAGCAUAACAGAAGAGGGUUUGCCUUUUCACGGUUAACUGGAGUUACAUACAAAGUAUUACAAAAGAUCAAUGUGUUGAUCACUUGUUGAAAAUUAUUUAAGGUUUGGCUAUAUUACAUACUCGGAGCAUUUCAGCAAUUCUGGAACUUAGUGAACAAAUCAAGAACUUGCACAAGCUCCAUAUGAAACUGAUGGAGAUUUUGAAACUCCAUAACUCAAUCAACUAAUCCUCAGCCAUAAAAUUGUGCGAUUUUUAUAUUCGACAUUUUAGCUAUUUGUCAUUUUCUGCAAACCAGUGAUUAACAACAACAAUAAUUAAAAGGAAAAGGCGACAUUUGGUAUUUAAACGUCUCACUCCUAUCGAAGCAUGUGUGAUGCUAUUGUGAUUGAUUAAAUAAAGUGUGUAUGAGAUCAUUGUGUUCUAUUAAAAAUAUUUAACAUGGAGAAACAAAUUUACUUUACGAUGGUGUUCGCACUAUGUGCAAUUUUUGGUGUAGCGACAGAAGCUUCAUUUGUGACCAAGAUAAAUAGCGGCUUCGAAAGGGUGGUGGUAUCCAUCGAUGAUCAUUUAGCUUUGUCACCAACGUCUUCAGCGACAACGGGACUCAAAGGAGCCACCCAUGAGUGUCAAAUUGUAUUGGAACAGAUAAAGGACCUAAUUAGCCGAACAUCCGACCAUCUUUAUAAGGCGACAAAAGGACAAACUUACUUCCGCCAAGUAAGCUUAUUGCUCCCUUCAAAUUGGGCCAAUACCAACUGCACCGGUCAGGACCAGGAAGUAUCUACGGCCACGUACCAAUCAAGCAAUUCCGCGGACAUAAGUUUCACGGGCGACCACCCCGUGUACAUCGAUAAGCCGUGGACUCUCCAGUAUGGACCUUGUGGCGUCCCUGGCAAAAAGAUUUCCGUUCCCGUCUCCUUCCUCUCGUCCUCGAUCACGGACAUGGAGCUCAAAGCUCGUUUAAUGGUUCGAGAUUGGGUAAAGCUGCGUUAUGGCGUGUUCGAUGAAAAUGGCUUUGCACACGACGAAAAAUACCCUGCAGAGUUUGUCGGAUCGAAAGGAAAACCUGUUCAAGCGACCGAGUGUCGUCUUAAUCGAUCAACCGCUGCAUGUGGAGAAGCAGGAGAGAAAUGUGACCAGAAUCUAAAGCACCCCAAAGGAAAAUCGCUAAUGUCAUUGCCUUUGGACUCCAAUAGUGUGGACGAAUUUUGUGACGUUACAACUCACGUCCGGACAACGCCUACAAAGCACAAUUUCUUAUGCAACGGACUCAGCGUUUGGGAAGUGAUGGCACAGCAUGAAGACUUUAGUGAAAUGAAUACUCUGAAGCAACAGCAGCAGAAUCAGAACGGAGGAUCGUCAUCGGCACCCCUUGAUAAGGGGCAUAAUCAUUAUGAGACUUCCACAAUGGCCAGUUCCACCCCGAUGACCAUAGCAGCUCCUGCUCCAAUAUUUUCCUAUGUAACUGCCAAAUCACACCGAAUGAUCUUUUUGUUGGAUCGAAGUCCAGAAAUGAACAGAACGAACCGAUGGAACAAUUUGAGAAGGUCUUUGUAUGGAAUGUUUCAUCAUUUACCGUCGGGGGUCGAACUAGGAGUCAUUUCUUAUUCGAACAACUCUACCAUCAGCGUGCCACUGACAGUUGCAAGUACCCACAAUCGGGAUGCAUUAUACGGAAGGAUUCCAUUUAGACCACUUAACACUGAAUCAGAAGAGUCGUGUAUUUCGUGUGCAAUAAGUGCUGCCCGAAAGUUGAUCAAAGCGUCUGUGGAGAGCACGGGCCCCACAACAUUGGUGCUGGUAAGCGGAUCAUCAUCAAAAAUUUUCCACCGUGAAUGGGAAAAAAUUAAGAAACUCGUCGACAACACACCUCUGCACGUUAUUGUCAUAACUUACGCAAACAUGAACGAAUCCUUGGGAGGUCAAGAGCUGAUCAAAUUGUCUCAGUAUGGUGGCUUCUAUAAAGUUCCGGACAGCAACAACGAUGUAGAGCAGAGAGAAAUCCUAUCCAACAUCUUUUUAGGAAUUCUCAACGAAAAUGUUGGUACACCGUUGAAUAAGGUCUACGGUGCUGUUCAUUGGCCUGAUGACGAUUGGCAAGCCCGAGGAAAGUUCACGAUUGAAGACAGCCUGGGACGCAACACUUGGGUGAUGGUGACCACGGAAGAAAAUGGCGAUGUUGAUGGAUUGCAAUUGAUCAGCCCCACAGGCAGGGAAUUUGACUUCCCUGGUCAUGCUGAAGGACUAGUCUACCUUCGAAUUCCAGGUUUGACAGAGGCUGGAAUCUGGACAUACGUCGUAAAGUUUUACCAAAACCAAUUCCCCAGACAGAUAAGCGUGGAUGUCAUAACUGAGUCGCGUAAGACGGAGUCUAUCUCUGUCAAAUUCUGGAAUAAAGUCAUAAAACAGGAAAUGCAACAAGCUGUCGACACCAACGUUGCUGUCAGCUCAGCUUCAACUUCUGCCGAGGUGGUCCUUCUCUAUACACAAGUGCAGCAAGGAGAGCUACCCGUGUUGAAUGCCAAUGUGACUGCCAUAAUAACCCUGCCAGGGACAACGCAACAACAUGGUCCUAAUACUAUUAGUGUUCGACUGUUGGACACAGGAAGUUCUGAUCCAGACUUGACAUGGGGCGAUGGAAUUUAUUCGGCUUAUUUCACUCAAUUGGGACCAAUUCCUGGAUUUUUUAGUGUUAGUAUCCAGAUUUCAGAUAAUAACGGUCAAGCUGUUGUUCCCGUCCAUACGAAUAUCUCACGUGGGAAUUAUGAUAAACCAACGUGUUGUGGGAGCAGUGUCCCUCAUAUUGCGACUAUUCCCACUGGUUCAUUUUCAAGAACAAUUGCUGGAUCAUCUUUCUUUGUGAGCCAAGGAGUCCCCAUGGACGCACAAGGCGUUCCACUGGACCCAUAUCCACCAGGGCGAAUCACUGAUCUCCGUGUCGAAAAGCAAAUUGACUCAACAUCCGAAGUUAAGCUUAGCUGGACAUCGCCAGGAGGUGAUUAUGAUAAAGGAAAAGCAUUCCGAUACGAGAUUCGCUGCUACACUUCUCGUGAUGCUUUGACCAACGAGAAUUUUAGAACUCAGGGUAUUCAAGUACACAGCUCACUCACACCAACACCUGAACUCCAUGGGAUUCGUCAAAGUUGCACUGUUUCUGUCCCCUGGGCCAACGAAUACUUUUACUACGGAAUCGUAGCUGUCGACAACCAGAACAGAGGAAAAGUGUCCAAUUUGGUAGCCGUUCUGAUUAAAGAAACUCCCAUGUCCACUACAAAAUUGUCUGAAGCUUGGGAAGACGAUGCACGUGUUGGAAACUUGACAUCUUCAAGGUCUGCUAAUAAGGAUGACAACAUGUUCAAUGCUGGGGCCAACUGGUUCAGAGGCCUGAGUGAAAUUGAACUCUAUUUUAUCCUCGCCGGCGGAGCUGCGUUCCUCAUCCUCAUAUCCAUUUUUAUCAUUGGUCUCGUCUGUCUUAAGAGAAGAAAGAGCAAGUCGGGCGAAGCACCUCCAGCUUAUCAUAAUAUUUACAAUCAAGGACAUGCCAAAAAUCAAUCCGGGCCCCAACCCCCCAAAGAUCCCAUUAGUUGUUGUUGGGAAAAUGACAGCAAUUCUACAGAACCUAAGCAUAUUACAGUGGCUCCACAAAAAAUAAACGGGCUGUCAUCUCCCUAUAUCACGGAAACCAAGAGCUACAUUCCUGCCUCAGCCUUGUGUGCCCCAAUUCAAAAUGGAUCCAUUUAUCGAGACAUGGUUUACGCCGGAUCUGGUUCAGCUCAGCAUAUGCACACCCACGACUCCAGUUCCGUCGACUCCUCCAAGCCUUCCGAGGGGGGAAGCAAUGAAACGGUUCACGUGUCAACCGAUGGUCACCACACGCCGGCUUUGUUCUACACGCCGACCCACGUACCUCCCCCUCAAAGGGGAUUGAGCAACAUGAACAUGAAUCUCAGCUUCGAAGGUGAGCAUAACCUUCACAAUCAAAGUCAUAACAAUCUCAGCAGAGACCCGCUGCCGACGAGAGUGGGCGAAUUUCUCCAUCCAUCAGAUGAUGACGAAGGAGGUUUCAAGUCCCAAAGGAGAAACCUGGAUGGAUUUCACAAAAUUGUGCCCAUGCCAAGUAGUGAGUACGACAGUCCGUCCAUUAUGAACGGAAGUACGUACGGAGGUUCGGUAAUGUCAAUACCCAGUAGCAAUAAGAAAAGAACGAGACAUAUUUCCUUCGUAUAAUAGAUUUUGAAAA